CCGGAAUUGAACCUGUGACCUUUCAGUGCAUGGGAGAUGCUCAACUGAGCCACACAGGCCAGAGCUGGAUAGCUUCUUAAAAAACAGACUCCUGGCAUCCCAUCUCUGCCAUCUUCCUAAAUUGGGAUUCUUUGGGGAUGGAGACUAAACAUCUGAAUUUUAAAUAAGCAUCCUCGGUGAUUGAUUAGGGUGGUCCAGGGAGACUUUAAGAAACACUGAAAGGAUCAAUUAAGUGUGUGUGUGUGUGUGUGUGUGUGUGUUAGGGGUGGGGAAGACAGUACUAUCAUAUGUGGCCAUGAGAUGGCAGCAGAGAGAGGCAAGGAGAGGGGCUGGGAGUGGGCAGGCUUGGGGAUGGGUUGUGGGAGGAGCUGGGCCCUAUAUUUCAGCACGGUCAUCUUUGCCAGCUGAAGUCUAUUGCUGCAGACUACUCCCCUGUGACUGCCUGUCUGAUUACCAGGUCUUUACAGACGCUUUGCUUUUGCCAAACUCUGCCAGCAGAAACCGCACCAGUGUGACCUUGGCUGGCUGAGGGGGUAGUAAUGUGUGUUCCACAUGGGUGAGUAUGGGAGGCAAGGGAUGUCACCUGCACAAGGCAGCUUAGUGAAAGGGCAUCAGUGCAUGUUGAAAGCAGGGUUUCCCCAUCCCCCUGCUGCCAGGCUUGUGGUUCCAGGUGCUCUGAAAGGGUUCACCUGAACCCAGCCUGCUCCAGUCAGGAGAGGAUGAGCUCUGUUGCUGGGAAGCUGGCUGAAGGCCAAGCAAAGGAUGCUGGGAUGGGGUGGUGGCAGGGAACAUGGGACGAGGCAGCUGUCUCUGGGAGCAGACAAGAUGUCCCUGGCUUCAGUAGGGGUGGGGCGGUAAGAGGAUUAGGUGACAGUCCCCUAACUCAGCCCGGAACUAACACCUCCCCCCUCACUCAUGAGCCUUGGCCUGCCCCGCUCCGAGCCUGCCAACGUUCAGAAUAACCCUGAGGACCAGACAGCAGGAUGGCAGGGGCUCUGCUCAGCGCCCUAUUCCUCUUGCAGCUUCUUGGCCGAGGUGCAGGGAAUGAGGAGUUGCGCCUUUAUCACCAUCUUUUCGACAAUUAUGACCCACAAUGCAGGCCAGUGAGGGAGCCUGAGGACACUGUCAGCAUCAACAUCAAGGUCACCCUGACCAACCUCAUCUCGCUGAACGAGAAAGAAGAGACCCUCACCACCAGCGUCUGGAUUGGAAUCGACUGGGACGAUUACCGACUCAACUUCAGCAAGGAGGACUUUGGGGACAUCGGAAUCCUGCGGGUCCCGUCCACACACGUAUGGCUACCAGAGAUUGUGCUGGAAAACAACAUCGACGGCCAGUUCGGGGUGGCUUACGACUGCAACGUGCUGGUCUACGAGGGCGGCCACGUGAGCUGGCUGCCCCCCGCCAUCUACCGCAGCGUCUGCGCCGUGGAAGUCUCCUACUUCCCCUUCGACUGGCAGAACUGCUCGCUCGUCUUCCGCUCUCAGACGUAUAAUGCCCAAGAGGUGGAGUUCGUCUUCGUGGUGGGCGAUGACGGCGAAACCAUCAGCAAGAUCGAUAUCGACACUGAGGCCUACACCGAGAACGGCGAGUGGGCCAUCGACUUCUGCCCCGGGGAGAUCCACCGCCAGGACGGAGGCUCCGCUGACGGCGCAGGGGGCAUUGACAUCGUGUACACGCUCAUCAUUCGCCGGAAGCCGCUCUUCUACAUCAUUAACAUCAUUGUGCCCUGCGUGCUCAUCUCAGGCCUGGUGCUGCUCGCCUACUUCCUGCCGGCGCAGGGUAAGGAGUCGCCCCAACCCGCAAGUGGGGCUCGUUCCGGAGUGUGUGUGUGUGUGUGUGUCCCCCAGCGCCUUACCUCUAGCAAGGUGGUGCACAAGUUCACGGCGCUGGCCGCGGCUUCUCUUAGCAGCAGCCCCAGGAUACUCGUGGGCCGCGGCCACAGCGACCUCCAGCGACGACAGAAGCGGGGGCUGGAGGGCCACCUGGGGAAGGAGCAAGGGCAGUGGAGCCGUCGGGAGGUGUCCGACUGGGUGCGCAUGGGGAAGGCCCUGGACAACAUCUGCUUCUGGGCGGCGCUGGUGCUCUUCAGUGUGGGCUCCAGCCUCAUCUUCCUGGGGGGCUACUUAAACCAAGUGCCCGACCUGCCCUACCCGCCGUGCAUGUAGACCCGAGCUGGUGGCCGCCUGAUUUCAACUUUCCUAUCCUCUCCAGGAGGAAAUAGAUUUUGAAAAACAAGUUGCUACCACUGCUAUAUUAUGAUCCUUUACCACCAGGGAUAAUAAAUCAGUAUUUUGUAAACA